AUGCAUCCGCCGUGGACCGACAAGGGGGGCAUAAGGUCUCGUCUCAAAUGGAAGGCGGGGGAUCGACAGCGCAAAUGGAAAGCCGCGCCUGUUCGCCUCUGGGAGUCAACACGUUGCGAGCCGCUUGUCACGCUAGAUAUGACCGAGCCUCAAGCGCAUGGGACCUGCCGUCGCAUUUGUCCAUCUCCUGCUCGUUCUUGGUGUCUUCCGGCCUCGCUUUGGAAGCGACGUACAUUCGGCUGGCCCUUCGGCUCGCAUUUCUACUGCAGGGUCACGAUUGGGUUUCCCCGGCUUGGCGAGUCGAAGCGACAGCCUUCUACGAGGAAAUGUGGAGUCUUUGACCACGUGCACACAGCAACAGACGAGAUUCGGGAAGCGAACAGCCGAAGGCGGACUUCUAAAGGCGUCGUUGUACCGAACAGUGUUCCUCGCUUUUAUUACCGAACUUCCAACAAGGCCGCGGAUUGGAGCCCCGACAUUGUGGCGCGGUGCCAAACUCGGCAUCAACAGAUCAAGGAUCGACAAAGCACAACACAGGCGAAGCGGAGAUUCAAACGAAUCUUGUUCACGGCUGUCUACACAUGUUUGCUGCUGCAGGGUUAG